AUGAAGCCUUAUUUAGUUGAGUUAAAGCUAAAAGAUACUGAGAAGUUGGACUGGAAAAAGGGUCUCUCUUCAUAUCUUAAGAAAUCGUACGGCUCUUCCCAAUGGAAAACAUUCUACGAUGAGAAGGCUACUACAGAUCUCGAUCAUUUGAGGAACAACGCUAAUGGAGAGCUAGCGCCACCUUCUUUGUCAGAGCAAAACCUAAGAUACUAUUCCUUUCUGGAACAUCUUUACCUUCGCCUGGGAAGCAAAGGAUCAAGGUUGAAAAUGGAUUUUACCUGGUAUGAUGCAGAAUAUUCAUCAGCGCAGAAAGGUUCAAAAUAUACGCAACAUACUUUGGCAUUCGAGAAGUCUUGCACUUUGUUUAACAUCGCCGUAAUUUAUACCCAAAUAGCCAAGGAGAAGAUCAGUGAUGGUUAUAAAAGCUCAAUUGCGAAUUUGACGAGGGCUUUUUCCUGUUUUGAGUUCCUAUCAGAGAAUUUUUUGAAUUCGCCGUCUGUUGAUCUUCAGUCUGAGAAUACUAGGCUUUUGGCUAAUGUAUGCCACGCAGAAGCCCAAGAACUAUUCCUUUUAAAACUGCUCAAUGACCAAGUAUCGCCAAAGCAAUAUACAUUAAUCAGCAAACUUGCUCGAACUACCUGUAAUCUUUACCAAAAAUGUCACGAUUUCAUGGAGGGCACAGAAGAAGAUCCUCUCACUUAUGGUGAACCCAAAUGGAAGACAACCAUCACUUGCAAACUACAUUUCUAUAAAUCGCUGAGCGCAUAUUACCAUGGUUUGCAUAUGGAAGAAGAACAUAGUAUUGGUGAAGCGAUUGCUUUUCUUAAUUUUUCCGUGCAACAACUGCUUUCAUCUCUUCCUUUCAAAACGUGGUUAUUGGAAUUUAUUGACUUUGAUGGGUUCAAGGAAACUUUAGAAAAGAAACAAAAAGAGCUAGUGAAAGAUAAUGAUUAUAUAUAUCAUGAAAAUGUUCCAGCAGUCGUACAAAUUGAUUCUAUCAAAGCUCUUGAUGCAAUCAAGCCUCCAUCAUGGGAGAAAAUAUUGGAGCCAUAUAUGGAGAGUGUUGCCGAUAAAUGCGACGCUUUGUAUAAGGGUAUUAUACCCCUAGAUGUCUACGAAAAGGAAAGCAUUUAUUCUGAAGAAAAGGCUACCUUAUUAAGAAAGGAAAUUGAGGAGACUGAUACAGCAAAUUUGGAAUACUCUUCCUUCAUUGAAUUCACAAAUUUGUCUAGGCUUUUGAGUGAUCUUGAGAAACAAUUCAACAGCGGAAAUAUUUCCUCAAAUAAGGAUACUCAAGGGCAAUUGAUGAGGGAUCAAAUUCAGGCGUGGUGUAAAUUUAUCCAAACAAAUGAAUUCAGGAAUAUAGAAGAGCAAAUGAACAAAAUUGUUUCCAAGAGGAAACAAAUUUUGGAAAUCCUGCCUGCUCUCCCCAGUGAUCAAAAAGAAAAUGUAACAAAACUGAAAUCCUCUUUAGUAGCAGCUUCCAACUCAGAUGAAAAAUUAUUUGCAAGCGUAAAACCGCAUAUCGCAGAGAUAAAUUUAUUGAAUGAUAGUGAGAAGAUACGGAGGAAGCUUGACGAAUUUGAUCGCAAUAUGUCUGCAGAGCCUAGUCUACUUGAUAUCGAUGACACCAAAAAUGAUAAUAUUUUAGACUUAUUGAAACAGGUGAAGGGCCAUGCAGAAGAUUUAAGAACAUUGAAGGAGGAACGCUCAAGAAAUCUGUCAGAACUGAGAGACAAAAUCAACAACGACGAUAUCACUAAAUUAUUAAUUUUGAAUAAAGGAAAAUCUGAGGCAGAACUCAAAAAGAUAUUCGAAUCAGAACUGGAAAAGUUUGAGCCUCUAAGUACGAGAAUAGAAGCAACGAUUUAUAAGCAGUCUUCAAUGAUUGAUGCAAUCAAAGCUAAGCUAGAUGAAAUAUUUCAUCUCUCAAAUUUUAAGAACGAAUCUUCUGAGGAAGAAGAACUUUCAAAGAACCGUAAGAUUUUCUUUGAUAGGUUACAAGACGCGGUAAAAGCAUUUAGCGUUUUUGCAUCUGAUUUACCGAAAGGAAUAGAAUUUUACAAUUCAUUACUCAACAUGAGUAGAGACUUGAUUGAAAGAGUGAAAAUUGCUAAGCAGAAUGAUAUCUCCUCGACAGAUCCUAGUGCGCUACGCCUCCCUCCACUUGACUUCAAGGCGCCUACUGUGGGGGUUCCUCCUUUACUACCUCAAAAAGAUACAGCUUUUCCACCUCUACCUCGACAGGGCCUCGAUUUGGACUCUAGUUUUCAAAAUCUCAAAGUAAGUUCCAGCAACGACUUAUUUCAAGGACCCAAUAUCCCACCAAGAACCUAUAAAACUUCGCCUUAUGCCACAACGUCUACUAUUACAGGUCCUCCAAUACCACCAAAGCAAUCGCAGGGGGAGCUUUAUGAUAUGAGGAGACGUGAAGCGGUUGAAAAUGAAGAGCGUGAAUUGCAAGAGAAUCCGACUUCCUUCUACAAUAGACCUUCUGUUUUUGAUGAGAGUAUGUACUCUAAAUACAGCAGUUAG